UGAGUACAAAUAAUACAGUUAAAGCGAAUGAAUAUUAUGGGGGGCUUAAUUAGACCUCCACCAUAGACAUUCAAGUCAGUUAGUCGUUGACUUGCUAUCGAUCAGCAAGAAUUUUAGCGCAAGCAAAUUAUUAAACACUGUGUUGUAUAUAACAAUAUAAAGACAAAUUAAAUUUCGUCGUAAAAUUUAAAUACCAAAAAAAAUACAAAUAAAAAAAACUAAAAUUUUACAUACAAAAAUUAAAAAAAAACUUUGUAAUUAAAUAAAAAAAAACAAUAAAUUAUUUAUUACAAUUAAGACAUUUUUUAUAUAAAAUUCAUAUAGUAUUGAAAUCAAUUUGUUGUAUACGUACGUAAUUGUGGGCCUUAAUCAUGGCUGAAGCCCAUCAAGCCGUAGCUUUUUCAUUUGCUAUCACCCACGAAGGGCUUGAUAUCAACUAUGAUCAAGAGGUUCUUAAUUUAGUAUGGAACUCUGGUGUAAGAUCUUGGAAGAAACGUUUAGCCAGAGCCAGGAAUGGUGUACGCAAUGGCGUCUAUCCAGCACACAUACACAGUCUUUGGCUUAUAACGGCCAUAGCGCUGGGCUUACAUUUCGCGGGCAUGAACACACCAUUUAAUUUAGUCAAUCGUGUAUUAAUGCAUUUACCAUCAAACACAAUAAAUUGGCAGAUAACAGCCUGCUUUCUGGCAUCGUUAAUUGUUUGGCUUAGCAUCUGUAUGACGAUGCGUUACACACUGAAAUUACUGCUAAUGUAUAAGGGCUGGAUGUAUGAAUCUCGAGCGCCUGGUAGUAAAAUAUCUUUGGGCACUAAACUGUGGGCUGGUGCUGUUAAGGUGUUCUCUAGUUGGAAUAAACCUGGCUUAUAUAGUUUUCAAGGUUCUUUGCCUAGACUACCUUUGCCAUCCGUACAUGAUACUAUGCAACGUUAUUUGAGAUCAGCGCGUCCCUUAUUGGAUGAUGAAAACUAUACACGUAUGGAACGUUUGGCUAAUGAAUUUGAAAAUACAAUUGGCAAGAAAUUGCAAUGGUAUUUGGUGUUGAAAAGUUGGUGGUCUACCAAUUAUGUUUCCGAUUGGUGGGAGGAAUAUGUUUAUCUACGCGGUCGUUCACCAUUGAUGAUUAACAGUAAUUUCUAUGGUACUGAUGCAAUCUUUAUGGAAUUGACCAAAAAUCAAGCUGCUCGUGCUGCUAAUGUUGUGUACCUGUUGUUGGCAUUUAGACGUGCUAUUGAAAGACAAGAAUUGAAACCGAUCAUGGUCCAAGGUAUGAUACCUUUGUGUUCUUGGCAAUACGAACGUACCUUCAAUACAGUAAGAGCUCCUGGUCUCGAAACUGAUCGCAUUGUCCACUAUAAAGAUUCAAAUCAUAUUGUGGUUCUACAUAAAGGUUGCUAUUACAAGGUAUUAAUCUACUACAAAGGACGUCAAUUAAGACCCUGUGAAAUUCAAAUACAAAUGGAAGAAAUUUUGAAUUCAAAGGCCACACCUUUGCCAGGUGAAGAACAUUUGGCAGCUUUGACAGCUUGGAAUCGUUCUAAAUGGGCGGAGGUUCGUAAUACAUACUUUUCACGUGGUGUUAAUCGAGUUUCAUUAAAUACCGUCGAAUCGGCAGCAUUUGUGGUAUCAUUAGAUGAAGUACCAUAUGAAUUUGACUUGACACGUCCUGAAUUAUUAGAUGAUUUUGGUAAAACUUUACUGCAUGGCAAUGGCUAUAACCGUUGGUUUGAUAAGAGCUUCACUGUGUGUGUGGGUACCAAUGGUCGUGUAGGCUUCAAUGCUGAACAUACUUGGGCCGAUGCUGCUGUUGCUUCACAUAUGUGGGAAAAUCUGAUUGUGGAUGAUUUAGAUACCGAUGGAUACGAUGAAAAUGGCAAUACCAAGGGAACCCCUGAAUUCCAACCACCCUCACCAACACGUCUUAAUUGGAAAUUGGAACCAUGCCAAUCACAAAUUGAAGAAGCCGUUAUGGAUGCUAAUAAACUCAUAAAUGACAUUGAUCUCAGAAUUCUGGUACACAAUCAAUAUGGUAAAGGUUUCAUGAAGAAGUGCCGCCUUUCACCCGAUGCUUUUAUACAAAUGGCUUUACAAUUGGCCUACUAUCGUGACGCUGGACGUUUCUCUUUAACUUAUGAGGCUUCAAUGACACGUCUCUUCCGUGAAGGCCGUACCGAAACCGUAAGACCCUGCACUAUUGAAUCUUCGGACUGGGUUAAAGCCAUGCAAAACAAAACCACAACGAAUGAUGAACGUGUGCAAUUAUUGAAAAAGGCUUGUGAUCGCCAUCAAUUGGGCUAUCAAGAUGCCAUGUCUGGUCAUGGUAUUGAUCGUCAUCUAUUCUGUUUAUAUGUCGUUUCCAAAUAUUUGGAAGUGGAUUCACCCUUCCUAAAUGAAGUGCUUAGUGAACCAUGGCGCUUGUCAACUAGUCAAACACCACAUGGACAAACGCCAAAAAUGGAUUUGAAAAAACAUCCCAACUGUAUCAGUUCGGGUGGUGGUUUUGGUCCAGUAGCUGAUGAUGGUUAUGGUGUAUCAUACAUUAUUGCCGGCGAGAAUUUGAUAUUCUUCCACAUAUCAGCUAAAAAAUCUUGUGAUACAACUGAUGUACAUCGUUUUGCUGAUAACAUAUGUCAGGCUUUAGCUGAUAUUCGUACCAUGUUCGAGCAGCAUAUGAAAGACCAUCCACCUAAGAAAGCGAUUUCCAAUGGUACUUCAACCUCAGCAGCUAAAUGAUGAUUAUGAUUGAUUAACUUUAGUUUAAAGUUGUUUUAUUUUUAGUUUUCAAAUACAAAGUGUGUUGUGUUUUUAGUGUUAAUAUUAUUAUUGUGUAUUAGCGCUAAUUUACCUGCGAAAUCAAAUUAUUGUUUAAGCAUUUCCUUUCUUUUUUUUAUUUUCUAUAUCAUGUAAUUUUUAAUGUUUAUUAAAUCGAUCUAUUUUUUUUUUCUUUAUAUAUUGUUAGCAAUAUUAGAUUAAGUUUAAUAGUUAAUUAAAACUACAAACAAAUAGAAUUCAUCGUCGUUAUUUAAUAAGUUUUGUUAAAAAAAAACGUUAAUUAUUUCAUUGAAUUGUGAGUGUGAAGUGUGUAGUCUUUUUUUAAUUUCGAACAUAAAAUUAAAGUUUAUACAUUUGUAAUUAAAAGUAGUAAAAGAAAUCUAUGAAAUUAUAUUCGUUUAAAUCAAUGCAAUUUUAUUCGUACUAUUUUUAUUAAUUUUGAAUACUAUUUAGUUUUAUUUAUAUUUUUUAAUAACUUUUUGUUUGAUUCAUAAAACAUUUCUCAUUUAAAACUAAAAUAAUAUUUUUAGAUUGUUAAAUUUUAGAAUUUUAAGAAUUUUUAAAUAAAAAAAACUCAUAUUAUUAAAAGAAA